UGCCCCGCACCCCGCAUGUGAUCCGGCCAGGCCCCGCGAGUGUGACCCCGCAGCUCCGGCCCAGGGCUGCACCCGCCGCCCCAACGCCAGCUCUGCAGCCUGUCCGUCCGUCCGUCCGGGAUGGCCACGGCCAAGGCCGAGAUGCAGCUGAUGUCCCCGCUGCAGGUCUCCGACCCGUUCGGCUCCUUCCCUCACUCGCCCACCAUGGACAACUACCCCAAGCUGGAGGAGAUGCUGCUGCUGAGCAACGGGGCGCCCCAGUUCCUGGGUGCCGCCGGGGCCCCUGAGGGCAGCGGCAGUAACAGCAGCGGGGGCGGUGGAGGUGGAGGGAGCGGCAGCAACAGCAGCAGCAGCAGCAGCGGCAGCAGCGCCUUCAACCCGCAGGGGGAAGCGGGCGAGCAGCCUUACGAGCACCUGACCGCAGAGUCCUUCCCUGACAUCUCUCUGAAUAACGAGAAGGCGCUGGUGGAGACGACCUACUCCAACCAAACCAUCCGGCUGCCUCCCAUCACAUACACCGGCCGCUUCUCCCUGGAGCCCGCACCAAACAGCGGCAACACCCUGUGGCCUGAGCCACUCUUCAGCUUGGUCAGUGGCCUCGUGAGCAUGACCAACCCACCGGCCACCUCGUCCUCGGCUCCCUCGCCAACUGCCUCCUCGUCCUCCUCGGCCUCGCAGAGCCCACCCUUGAGCUGCUCGGUGCAACCCAACGACAGCAGCCCCAUUUACUCCGCGGCGCCCACCUUCCCCACACCCAACGCCGACAUCUUCCACGAGCCGCAGAGCCAGGCCUUUCCUGGUUCGGCCGGCGCAUCGCUUCAGUAUCCGCCUCCUGCCUACCCUACUGCCAAGGGCGGCUUCCAGGUGCCCAUGAUCCCGGACUACCUGUUUCCCCAGCAGCAGGGGGACCUGGGCCUGAGCACCCCGGACCAGAAGCCCUUUCAGGGCCUGGAGAGUCGUACCCAGCAGCCUUCCCUUACUCCGCUCUCCACCAUCAAGGCCUUCGCCACGCAGUCGGGGUCCCAGGACUUGAAGGGCCUCAACUCCACGUAUCAGUCCCAGCUGAUCAAACCCAGCCGCAUGCGCAAAUACCCCAACCGACCCAGCAAGACUCCCCCCCACGAGCGACCCUAUGCCUGCCCUGUGGAGUCCUGCGACCGCCGCUUCUCCCGCUCCGACGAGCUCACCCGCCACAUCCGCAUCCACACUGGCCAGAAACCCUUCCAGUGUCGCAUCUGCAUGCGCAACUUCAGCCGCAGUGACCACCUGACCACCCACAUCCGAACCCACACGGGCGAGAAGCCCUUCGCCUGCGACAUCUGUGGCAGAAAGUUUGCCAGGAGCGAUGAACGCAAAAGGCAUACCAAGAUCCACUUGCGACAGAAGGACAAGAAAGCAGACAAAGGUGUGGUGGCGUCCUCGGCCACCUCUUCCCUCUCCUCUUACCCGUCCCCAGUGGCUACCUCGUACCCGUCCCCAGCCACCACCUCGUACCCAUCGCCCGUGCCCACCUCCUACUCCUCUCCGGGCUCCUCGACCUACCCGUCCCCUGUGCACAGCGGCUUCCCUUCGCCGUCAGUGACCACCACGUACUCUGCGGUGCCCCCUGCUUUCCCCGCCCAGGUCAGCAGCUUCCCCGCCUCGGGGGUCACCAACUCCUUCAGCGCCUCCACAGGCCUUUCGGACAUGGUGGCCACCUUUUCUCCCAGGACAAUUGAAAUUUGCUGAAGAGGAAUGGGAAACCAAACAGAAGAAAGAAACACAAACACAAGAGACUUUCAGGACAGGAGUGGGGCAUGGCCGCUGGAGGGGUGUCCUCUUAGGUCAACCGGAGGUUUUCAGAGCCGGGUGCUCUCCUCCCGCUACUGGACCCCAAGGCCUUCUUGGAACGUCCAUUGCCCUACAAUCCUUUGUGCCCAUGGCCCCAUCUUCCCAGUCCCCUUUGACUUCAGCUGCCUGAAACAGCCAUGUUCAAGUUCUUCCCCUCUAUCCAAAGAACUUGAUUUGCAUGGAGUUUGGAUAUAUCAUUUCAGUAUCAUUUCCAUCGUACGCCUGACCCCUUGCUCCCUUCAAUGCUAGAACACUUGAGUCGGCAACAUGGGGUUUGGGCCCCUCACAGCCCACCCCUGCACCUUGUACAGCGUCUGUGCCAUGGAUUUCAUGUCUUUCCCACCGGGUACUCUUGAUGUGAAGAUAAUUUGCAUAUCCUAUUGUAUUAUUUGGAAUUAAGUCCUCACUUGGAAGAAAACAAAAAGGGUGGGGGGGUGGUUAAAAAAAAAAAACCCCAAGCAAACCAAUGAUCCUCUAUUUUGUGACGAUGCUGUGACGAUGUGUGAAGCUUUUUUUGAAACAGCCGUCUGAGGUGUCAAUCAGAGCAUGUGUCAGAGUGAUGUUCCGUUAACCUUUUUGUAAAUAUUUCCCCACCACCGUACUCUCACAUGUGGCAAAAAAAAAAAAAAUCUAUAUAUAUACAUAUAUAUAUAUAUAUGGUUUGGUUUUUCUUUUCCUUUUUCGAAAGUGGUUUUUAUUUGUCAUCCUCUUGGUUUUAAAGAAGUCUCACGUCUUGGUGCCUUUUGUGUGAUGCGCCUUGCUAGCGGCUUGACAUGUGCAAUUGUGAGGGAUGUGCUCACCUCCAGCCUUAAGGGGGGUAGGGAGUGAUGACUCCGGGGGAGGCUUUGGGAGCAAAACCAGGAAGAGGGCUGAGCUGAGCCUCUGUUCUCCAGAAUGUAUGGGGGGAAACAAUCAAAAAAAUCUGAACUCUCUAAAGUCUAUUUUUUUAACUGAAAAUGUAAAUUUAUAAAUAUAUUCAGGAGUUGGAAUGUUGUAGUUACCUACUGAGUAGGCGGCGAUUUUCGUAUGUUAUGAACAUGCAGUUCAUUAUUUUGUGGUUUUCUUUUACUUUGUACAUGUGUUUGCUUAAACAAAGUGACUGUUUGGCUUAUAAACACAUUGAAUGCGCUUUAUUGCCCAUGGGAUAUGUGGUGUAUAUCCUUCAGAAAAAUUAAAGAGAAAAUAAAAGA